AUGGAUACAAAUACCACAGAUGAUCAACAUCAAUUACAACAAGAUACUAGUAAUAAUAAUAAUAACAACGACGACAACAAACAACAAAGCAAUUGUAAAGUAAACGAAGAAGAAGAGGAGAAAACCGAGACAACUACAUCUACUACUACUACUACCACUACUACUGGUGAUACUAGUAGUAAAGAUGUAAAGAUGGAGGAGGUCGAUAACAUUGACAUUGUCCAACCAAAGGUUGAACCCUUGGAAACAACUGUGGUAGAUACACCAACUACUCAUGAAAAUGCAACUGUCAAGAUGGAAGAGGACACCCUUCAACAAAAGGUCGAACAUUUAGAAACACCCACAACAACAACAACUAUAGUUGAAGAUACUACAUCAUCUACGACGACUACAGAACCCUCAAAGAAAGAAGAGGAGUCUAGUGGCGACAGUAGUAGUAGCGAAAGAGAUAGUGACGAUAGCAGCAGCAGUAGUAGUAGUGAAAGUAGUGAAGAAGGUGAGGAUAGUGACAGUGAUAACGAUUUAGAUGAUAUCAUUGCACCUCCAAAGAUAGUAACACCUCCUACUACCAACAAUAAUAAUAAACAACAACAAAAAAAGAGAAAACAAGAUGACGAUAGUGACGAUGAAGCCAAGUCUAGUAGUAGUUAUUCAACAAACAAGGAUAUUGAAUUACCACUUAUCGUUAGUAUCCCAGAAGACAUUCAAUUGAACGAACUGGGAACAUUACAUUCACAAGUUGACGAUAUGAUCGUCAUCAAGUCAACCGUUAGCAGAUCGGAUACAUCUGCUUUGGACAUUGAUUCAAUUGUUUGUUUGCAAGAUCGAACUGCUUUUGGAAGAAUCUAUGAAGCUUUUGGUCAAGUAUUGAAUCCUUACUAUAGUGUUCGUGUACCUUCCAAUUAUAGUAUAAAUAUUGUAAAAAAUAAUAAUAACAUAAAGAAUACAACAACAACUACAACUACAUCAACUACAACAGAAAUUAAACCAGAGUCAACUCUGACCAACCCAGAAUCAUCAUCUGUUGUUGCAGAAUCAACAACAACAACAACAACACCAACAAUCAUUAAAGAGGGAGAGGAAAUACCAAAAGUAGAAGAAAAAAAGGAAGAAAUUCAACAACAACAACCAUCAUUAGCAGCAGUCAAGAUUGAAGAAGUUGAUGGAAAGAAAACCAUUUCAAUUCCACAACAUACCAAGGUAUUCUUUGUAAACAAACCAGAUUUGACAAAGUUUGUCAUUCCAUCGAUGAUUUAUACCAAGGGAUUCGACGCAUCCAACGAGAAUGAUGAAGAGUUGUCAGAGAAUGAAAUGGAGUUUAGUGAUGAUGAAAAGGAGAGAUUGGCAAAAUCAGACAACAAAAAGAAAAAGAGAAAGAAUACUAAAAAGAAUAAUAAUAAUAAUCAAAAUAACCGUCAGCGUCAACCUUCAAAUGACAUGGAAAUGAUUGCUCAACAACAAGAAUUUGAAUAUAAUCCAUUAAAUAGAGACUCAUCUUCUUCUGCGACAACAACAACAUCAGUUGCUAAACCUGCUGCUGGUGGUUUUAAAAGACCUGCAUUUUUACAAAGAAAUCAAUUUAAUCAAAAUAGAAAUAAUCAAAAUAAUAAUAAUACUAAUGGAAAUGGUGGAAUAUAUCAACCACCAACUCAAUAUUCUAAUAAUAUUAGACCACCUAUUAAUAAUAAUGGACAACCAGGAUCAUAUGUUCAACCAACCAAUGAGAAUCAGUACCAUCAAUUGAUCCAACAACAAUUGACAGGGUCGGCAUCUUCAGAUCCAGCCAUUGCCUAUCAACAACAAUUGACAUCGAUGAUCAAACAACAACAACAAAGACAACAAGUACAACAACAACAACAAGCACUCCAACAACAACAACAACAAGUUCAACAACAACAACAAUUACUCCAACAGCAACAACUUCAAUUCCAACAACAACUUUUACAAUUCCAUCAACAACAAGGUUUGGCAGGAGUUAUUCCAUCCGCAACAACUGCUCCAAUUCCGACCACUAUUCCAACUCCAACCACUACAUCUACAACUCCAACACCAACAGGCAUUCAAGGAGGGUUCCAUUUACCUCCAUCAACACAAUAA